AUGAUAAUAAAAUACACAUCACUGAUUGCCGCUGUGACUCUUGCUGCUUCGGCUUCAGCAUCUACCCAGCUUUCAGAAUCACAGGAUUCAUCUCAAUCACUGGCUCGGACGCUACUAAAUCCUGGAUUCUGUGCAGUGCCAAAUGGCAGUAUUAACGACGCCUGUGGCGCCACUUACGACGCCGUCGAACACACAAACCAUCGCGUGCGACCAAUCUUGCAAAAUCUGGUAAAAACAGACUUUUUCCGCUUUUACUACCUGGAUCUUUACGGAGAUAGCUGUCCAUUAGGUAACGACGGUGGCACAUGUGGUAAUAGAGCUUGUGCUGUCGAUACCGUCGACGACGAAAAGGAUUUGCCUGUUGUAUGGCGUGCAAGCUAUCUGGGUCAACUGGUAAAAGACACCGUUGCAUCGGAGAGCCAAAUUGGUGGUCUUGCUGAUGGCGAUGAAAAGGACAAGGAUUCUAUCGAGUUGUCGUGUGUCACCAAUGCUGAUGAUUCGCUGGCCUCAGGAGGACGUCUUGAAAAACAAGCCCGUGAUGCUUGGGAUAAGGAAUGCAAGGAUAAGAAUUAUUGCGUUCCCGAAGAUGACCGUACAGGACCAAAUGGUGUCUAUGUAUCUCUCUUGGACAACCCAGAGCGCUACACCGGCUACAGCGGUCCUCAUGCUCAUAUGAUGUGGCGCUCCGUGUACAAGCAAAACUGCUUUGGCUACAAAGGUGAGGAGUUUUCAUCCGAGUUUGACGAAAACCUCCCCUCGUCUGCAGAGGCCGAACCUUUAGUCCCUGAAGGUGACGAGUGUAUUGAGCAGAGACUAUUUUAUCGACUUAUUUCUGGUAUGCACGCAUCCGUGUCAACACACCUGUGCUACUCAUAUUUGAAUAAGCAGACGGGCGAAUGGGGCCCUGACUUGAACUGCUUCUUGUCGCGGGUCGGCAAUUUCCCUGAGCGUCUUUCCAACAUUUACUUCAACUACGCGCUGGUGUCGCGUGCUGUGUCCAAGCUCUACAAUUACAUUGACGACUUGCAGUUUUGUCCCCAAGCUCAAGCUUACGACCAGGCCACUAGACGUCAGAUUUUGUUAUUAACCCGCAGUGCUUCAACAUCUCCUAACACAUUCAAUGAAACAAGCAUUUUCUCAACCCCUGAAGCCAAGCUGCUGAAGGAAGAGUUUCGUCAACGUUUCCACAAGGUUUCUGCCUUGAUGGAUUGUGUGGGAUGUGACCGUUGCCGCUUGUGGGGCAAGCUUCAAGCUGCUGGCUAUGGCACUGCGCUCAAGAUUGUCUUUGAACUGAGUGAAAAGGAAGACGAGCUUUCUCGCAAGUUGAUUGCAAGUCUGCGCCGUUCAGAAUUGGUAUCGCUGAUCAAUACCUUUGAUCGUCUUUCCAAGUCUAUUGAAGCCGUUGAGUAUUUCCGCGAGCAAACGCUCGUCGAUCUGGAGGCCAGCGGUGUUUCUCUUGAUGAUCUUGUUUCCAACACUAAGCAAUCUGAAAUACCCACAAAAAAGGAUGCAGUCAAUAAUGAGAAAGAUGCGGAAGAUGAGGACGAGGAUGAGGACGAAGAAGAGGAUCAAGAACCACAACCUUAUUCUAUUUGGAACGACCCAGAGUGGGAUCUUUGGAAAGAAGCCUUUAUUUUCCUUUGGCGCAGCUACAUUGAUUUCCCUAAAAAUCUUUACAACAUUUUGUUACUCAACGCUCACUAUUACUGGGAUGCAAUGAUCGGACGCAACGAGGCAGAUGCCAAAGAUAGAGUUGGUCGCCGUGGGCAUCUUGAAUCCAUUCGUGUGGACCUUUAG